AUGCAUCGCUCUAUUCUAUCCUCAGUUGCGUUCGCUGCUGUCGUGCGAGAGGCUUCGGCUUCGGCCCCGAUCUUUAGUCGUGGUCUCUACAACGAAAGCACUGCAAACCACACGUGCCAGCUGUAUCACCCGAUUCUGUCAUGCUCCGCCGGUGCCCAAGCCAGCCUCACCGACUCGUGCUGCACAGAGACAUUCGGCGGCCUUGUUUUAGCAACCCAGUUCUGGGAUGUCUACACCGGCCUUGAGUCCCAGGGACAAGUGCUCCCAGCCGACUCAUGGACGCUCCACGGCCUGUGGCCGGACUUCUGCAACGGAUCAUACACUCAAUACUGCGACCUGACCCGCCAGUAUGACCCGAAGCCCUCGCCAAACACGACAACGGGGACGCCGUCAGGCACGCCGAUUGUUCCGUAUACAGGGCCAAACAUCGGCACCUUCGUGGAGCCGUUCGGCCGGCAAGACCUGCUGGCCUACAUGAACAAGUACUGGGUGGCGCAGGGGCAGCCCAACGGCGACUUCUGGGGCCACGAGUUCUCCAAGCACGCGACCUGCUACUCGACCUUCGACGUCGAGUGCUACGGCCCGCAGUACGUCCAGCACGAGGAGGUCGUCGACUUCUUCGCCACCGCCGUGGCCUACUUCCGCGGCCUGCCCACCUGGGAGUGGCUCGAGGCCGCCGGCAUCACGCCCAGCAAUAGCACCACGUACGACCUGGCCGACAUCCAGGCGACUCUCGCCGAGGCCUUUGGCGCGGUGCCGUACAUCGGCUGCUCGGGAAAGCGGUACAAUGCCACUGAGGCUGGAGCCGGGAGCCUGGACAAUGGGUAUACACAGUUGACCGAGGUCUGGUACUAUCACCACGUCAAUGGCCGACCGCAAGAUUACGACGCGGUGCCGGUGGCUGCAAACGCUACUGGUGGCAGUCUGGGUAACUGUGCUUCGACUGCUGGGGCUAUCUAUUACUAUGAGCGUGCAAGUGGCUCUGAGGCGUGA